UUCAAUACCAAAAUACUAUCAUUUUCCCUUUUAUGUGCAUUUCUUCACACAAUACUCAACAGUGACUUGGACUAGUUCUUAUAAAAGACCUUCCACCUCCACCCAAAACACUCCUAACUCUCUCUCUUGCUUCCCUUCCCUUCCCUUCAUUUCCCUUUCCUCUUUCAUAAAACUUAUAUAAAUUGUGAUAUUGGGAGUUGGAACUUUAGAGCAUGGACAACCAGCGUAGCCCUCUUUUAACUUGGGCUUACUACUUCCAGGGAAAGUCAAUGGAGGAGCUGAGGCAGUCUCUCAUAUAUACAACUCUGGAGCUAGAACAAACAAGAGCUGCAGUGCAAGAUGAGCUCAGAAAGAGGGAUGACCAACUACUCAACCUAAAGGACCUACUCAGCAAAACCAUGAGAGAGAGAGAUGAAGCACAAGAGAAAUGCCAGAGAUUUCUCUUGGAGAAGCUAGUUUUCCAACAACAACAACAACAAGUAGCAGCAGCUCCUGUGUCUGGAAUUUCUAGCAUUGAGGAUGAGCCAAGAAGAGGAAUUGACUCAAACAACGGCCUCUCAUCAUCAGAUUGUGAAGAGAGCAUUGUUUCCUCUCCAGUCAUUGAUCAUUUGCCUCAACCUCAACCUCAGCCCCAAUUGCCACAAGUCACACAAUCCAUGAUUGAACUAACACCGGACAAGCCCUUACCAGAAAAGGGUAAGCUCCUACAAGCAGUGAUGAAAGCUGGCCCUCUCCUGCAGACCCUCCUCCUAGCUGGACCUCUUCCUCAAUGGAGACACCCUCCACCACCACUUGAGUCCUUUGAGAUUCCCCCUGUCACCAUACCUUCACCACCACCACAACCACAACUUCUCCACCAAGAUUCCUUUGUUAACGGUAGCAGCACCACAACCAACUGUGGAAGAGUUAGCAGAAAAAGGGUCUUCUCUGAUGGCUCGGGUUCUCCUACUGAAACCAAGUACCAGAGGCUUGUACUUCACUGACUUCUCCCAAGUCAGAUAUUCACACACUUAGUUUCUAAUUUAUAUAUAAUAUAUGUGCAAGUUCUUAGGAUUAGAGGGUAAGACUAAGUAACAAGCUGGUAUGUGACUGAUCUAGCUUAUGUACAGUGGUUGUUCACUUGUUCUAGGACACAACACAACACAAGGUAUCCGGAUUUAACUCAUUGAGAGAGAAGAUGGUGAAGACUGAAGAAGAAGAAAAACUUGCUUGGUUUAGGCUUUUGGUGAAGAAUUUGUCCUUGGCAUUUUCCACUCUUUACAUUCUACUUUUGGUUCCUUGAAAGGAGCCUUGAUUUCUCUGGAAUUAUGUAACAAAUAUACUGUAGUUCAGCAAGCAUGUAGUUUGAGUGUGUGUGUGGGUGUGAAGUGAGAUUGAUUGAUCUCUAUAAGAUCACAUCAACAAUUAAGAGAAUGGGUGUGGAGUGGGUGGAUUGGAGAUGAGUGUGACCAAAGGGAAGGUCUUUGAGUUCUGCUUGUCGGGUUUGGUGGACCCAAAAAUUAGGAACACAGGAUCUGUUACUGGUGUGGUCUAUGAUUAUGUUAAGCCUUUGUUAGAGAUGUUAUCAUUAUGCGGGUCUAAUCUCGUGCUUUUCUAAAAAAUAUUUCUACCUCUUUUUAUAUUACCAUU